GUGGAUGAAUUUCUACGUGGCAAUUGGUUUGGCGGUGAAUGUGAUGGCAUUUGCCCUCGUUCAGGUCGGCAAGAAAACCCAUGGAACGGAGGUUCAAAGGGGGGCGCUUCAAUUGUUGAAGGGGAAGUUAUGGCAGGAUGCAACUGGAGCAACUUUUCAUAGGUCCCUGGACUUCAUACGACCACUACAUUUGCAAGGCUUGCACAGCUGUCCCGUGGACCUGGGACCGAGCUGGCUGAUGGAUGGCAAGUUGCAGGUGGACAAGCGACACAUGGCUGAGACUAUCAAACUACAGGCGUGUCAGUCGGGCGUCCUCUACAACAUUCAGAACAGAGCAAAUCGUCUACAUAGCAGGCUCCAGCAGUCUCGAGAAAACAUCUUCAGCGCACUGCUGGUGCUUCCGUUGUCUGAUUUGUCGUUCCACAUCUCAGUCGCCGUGCGCACAUGGUAUGGAGGCUCCUUGAUGUUGGUGCAUCACAUCUUGGGUGGUCCCAGCAACGUAACCAUCCUGUUGGCAGAUGAUAACGAGGUCGAAGAAUUUGCCCGGCUACCUCGAGCCAUGCGUUAUGGAGGCAACCACGGUGGCCUUGGUGUGUCAAAGAACUUGGGGAACCUGCGCCAGUUGUUCUCCAGCUUGUCAGAUUCGGAUCCUAUUUGGUUGUCCACUGCAAGCAGACUUUCUCUGGCAUUCAAAACAGCUGUUUGGGGUUUCCCAACGGUGGGCAUUGCGCAUGGUCGAACAGCCGAGCAUGAUUGCAGCGGCGACUUCUGCUAUGGCCUGCGUCGUUACUGGGCUCCUGGAGUUCCAGUGGUGACCCUGCGAGCACCGCUUGAUGGCUGGCUUCGCUCAUGGCAAAGGCAUGUUCAUCGGAUCGAUGCUCCCUUAAAGUUUUUCCUGGUGCAACGUUCUAGAAAGCUCUCGCGUCGGUUGGUCGCACCUGAGCGAUUGGCCAGCUCAUGGUCACGAGCGUUGCGUGGUCAAUUGAAGAUUACUCUUUGGCGGCCAGAGAUGUACAGCAUCCUGCAGCAGGCACGAAUGCUGUAUGCUGCGGACGCUCUGGCAGCAGUCACUGGACAGGCUUGUGGCUUGGGCAUCUUUUUGCGUCGGAAACGGAUUCUACUCGAGUUUACGCCGGCCAUCGAUGGGUCCUAUGGCUGCCGAUGGGGAUGGGAUAUGAAUCCCACCAGCGAGGUUGGCCAAAUCGGCCGCCUGGGGGAGUUGCACCAUCACUGCGUCAUGUCUUUGGCAGUUGGAGUGGCUGAACGAACAACUUCAGGGGCAAAGAGGAGCGCUGAGCUGGCUUUGGCCAGCAGAACAGCAGGAGACAUCCUGACCAGGGCAGAAGCGAGUUUUACUUGGCGCACUGCUGCCAAGGUUGUUCCUCCAUCUCUGGGUUCAGGUCGGCUUCGACGAGUCCUGCGGCAAGCAGUACAUCUUGUCAGAUCUGCUCGGCGACAAGAGCGUGCUGCAAAGGAUGAAAAGAGUUGCUGCGCAAUGGCUCCACGAUUUUUCGCGUGCACAAAAAUAUGCGUUCAACUAUUUAUCUCCUGCUAUCUCCAUCUGCAAAGAGGUACUUCUUCAGAUGGGCAUAACGCCAUUGACCUUUGA